UUCAAAACAGAACUCGUUUGUAUUGAACACCACUGAGCAGAAUGAACAAAUGUUUGGAGAACUACUGCCAGAUGCCAUAAAUUCCGCAUCAUAUCUGAUCUUCCCAAUAUUCUGCAAAAGCCACCGGACGCUGCUCAUCCUUGAUACUACUCGACCAAUGUGGUUAUACUACAACUCACUGAAAAUCCAAGGGAGGGACAACUACUUUGAUGCAUCGACUCCAUUGAGGCUGGCAAUCACUAAAUACAUCUGUUCAGAAAUACGCACAUCAAGACUGGAAAACUUUUCAUCAACUGCUUGCAUGUGUCCGACACCAAAACAGCAGCCCAAUUCACUUGAUUGUGGCCCAAUCGUGUGCUACAUCAUCCAACAUUAUAUCAAUAAUGAUGUAGAUGGGAUUGCACAAAGCCUCACAAAGCAUCACGUCAGAAAGAUAAGGGCAGAUAUCACACACAAGAUACUAAGCCAAAAAUCAAGGUCAUGGACGUUGGAGAUGCACAAAAGUGAAGAGGAGGCAAGGAGACUCCAUGGCAAGCUGAACUGCAGAGACAACAAGGUCAAAUUGAAUGAGCCGUGAGGAGGUGCUGGGUUAACAGGUUUACCAAUGCAGGAGAUACUGCAGCGGAAAAAGUAGGAAACACAUUUCUAUAGAUUGCAAA